AAAGCUUGGUUUUGGUCACGUGACGACCUCGUUUUUAACCAGGCUCCAGAGCACUGAAUCAAAACAUCAGGGUUUCAGAAGGUCGGGCUGUGUGGAGAGACCCAUCAGGAGCUGUUUCUCCAAAACACUGACAGGGAAACAAUUUGUCUUUUAAGGGUUUUGGAGCCAGAGCCAUGUGUGUGCUUCCCUGGAGGAUCCAGCUGGCUCUGACAUGGCUGUUGUUGCUAUGCUUCAUGCCAUGGUGCAGCUCAAGGCCUGAUCCGCGCCAGCAAGAGACUUUGAUGAAGAUGGAAGUAAAGAGAGCGAUCGGCGGUGGUGUGGUGCUGAACAAGAAAGAAAAGCUCCUCGAUGAAAAACUGUACCAGAUGAAAUGGCAGGAAAUGGAAGCGGCAGACUUCCCCCCUGCUAUGCACUUCUUUAAAGCAAAGUCUCUGAUCGAUGCAAGUCCAGUCUACAGCUUUCUGCAGAUGAUGCCCAAGGGUGCAGCUCUACAUGUGCAUGACUUUUCCAUGGUGGACGUUGAGUGGUUGGUGAAGAAUGUGACCUACAGGGAGAACUGUUACAUGUGCUUCACUGAUGGUGGCUUUGUGCGCUUUGUGUUCUCCUCAGUGAAGCCCAAAGCAGCACCUUACUGCUCCACAUGGGCUCUGCUCAAAACCAUAAGGGAGAAACGCAACACCACUGAACUGGACAACAGCUUUAUUCGAAACAUGACGCUGGUUACUGAGGAUCCAGACAGCGACUACCCCAACCAAGAUGUCAUCUGGAUCAGGUUUGAAGAAGAAGCAUUCAAGGUAGCCUAUGGACUGGUCACGUAUGCUCCUGUGUUUAAGGAGUAUCUUUAUGAAGGAUUCAGGCAGCUCUACGUGGACAACAUCAUGUAUGUGGAAAUCCGAGCUCUUCUGCCGCUGACAUAUGAGCUUGACGGCAGAAAGAACAGUAGGGAUUGGAGCAUGAGGGCUUGUCGGGAGGUUCUCCAACACUUCAUGGCUCAGUAUCCAGACUUCUUAGGAGCCCGAAUCAUUUUCACCGUCCACAGAAGCUUGAAUUCGACACAAGCUUCAGAGGUGGUGGAGGAGGCCAUGACACUGCAGAGGAACUUUCCAGACAUCAUGGCAGGUUUUGACUUCGUGGGUCGUGAAGAAAGUGGAAAUCCUCUGUGGUAUUUUAAAGAGGCUUUGGGGCUGCCGGAGGAGCGUGGAGUCCAUCUGCCCUACUUCUUCCAUGCAGGAGAGACUGAUUCCGAGGGUACAGCAGUGGAUCAGAACAUGAUGGACGCUCUGCUCUUCAACACAUCUCAGAUUGGACAUGGCUUUGUGAUUGUUCGUCACCCUGUGGUCAAAGAGCGCGCCAGGGAGAUGGAUGUAGCAGUGGAGGUUUGCCCCAUCUCUAAUCAGGUCCUGAAGCUGGUUUCAGACCUGCGAAACCAUCCAGCGGCUGUUCUAAUGGCAGAGGGUUAUCCCAUGGUGAUCAGCUCCGACGAUCCAGCUCUGUUCGGAGUGACUGGGCUCUCAUACGAUUUCUACCAGGCUUUCAUGGGCUUUGGUGGAAUGAAAUCCAAUUUAGCUACACUGAAAGAGCUUGUCUUAAACUCUCUGAGGUACAGCUCAUUGUCUCCCACUUUGAAGGAAAAAGCCAUUGCAGCUUUACAAGUGAAAUGGGACAAGUUUGUCUCUGAGACUUUGCUGUAAACUUACUGGAGAAACUGAGAAUCUCUUCAAGUGGAAAAAGUUCAAACUGCACAUGUCCAUCAGUACCGAGUUUACUGAAAGUUAGAUCAUUUGAUGUGGUGUUUUUUUUAAAUAUUUCUCCAUUUUUAUUUCAACUGGGUGUUUUUAAUAUUAGUGUCCUGCUGUUGAAGGUGAAAGCUGGGUGGCACGGUGGUGUAGUGGUUAGUGCUGUUGCCUCACAGCAAGAAGGUUCUGGGUUUGAGCCCAGCGGCCAACGGGGGCUUUUCUGUGUGGAGUUUGCAUGUUGUCUGCGUGGGUUUCCUCCGGGUACUCCAGUUUACCCUACAAUUAACAUGGGGCAGCUUUAGGCUGAGGUGCCCUUGAGCAAAGCACCUACCCCCAACUGCUCCCUGGGAACUGUUAGCAUGACUACCCACUGCUCU